UUUCAACUUUCUAUUAAUAUCGAGUUGCUGAGUCUUGAUUCUUAACCUCUCUCACAACAUUCACGCAUAUCUCUUACUUUUCCCAAAUCUGCUCAUGAAGCAGUUCCUUGGCGGCCCAUACACCUUUCAGUUUCCGUACUCAUUACAUCUCAUUUCACAUUCAAGAGGCAUGGCAAGGCGCCUUCGGCACCUCACCGCGUACUCGAACACCCAAACUUUGCUCAACAUAUUUAUCCUAUCUCAGGAUAUAUCUCUAGUUGACGCCUUUACGAUCCUGCUAUAUUGAUCGCCUCACUGCGCUCUGCAGCGUCAAUUCUCUUCUUUCUUCUCUCUUUACCCUCAGAGGUCUCUGAAGGAGCCACAUUUUCGCUCGAAAGUGUGACGAGCCUUGAGAGGAUAUCACAGUUAACGGGUGACUCGUUUUGAGUCAACCCAUCAGCCCGUCUCAAUCGUUUCGUGACAAGUGUUCAUUGGCCUCUUUGUAGACCGCUGUUCGGGUCACCAGCAUAAAUAUAAUCUGAUAUUAAUCACGCUAGGUGACAAUUUCUUUUCUCUUAACCACAGCAAGUUUGUCAACCACCGUCGAAAGGAAAUGGACCCUAGUGGAAAACUCAACAAUAUCCUCAAGACAUCGUCUAGCUUACCAGCAGGGAGGACUCAUCAUAACCCAACUCCGCCAUCUGCCGAGGAUGACGAGAUCCCUCUCGAUUGUAGUAGUGAGGAUUCGCAUUCAUCUGACAUUUCCAUGUCCGGCUCUGACAGCGACGACGAGGCCAGCCCUUUAAUUUCGACCGGCAAUGAGCGUCUUCCGAUUCAACCGCUCUUUUCGGCCUUUCCAGCCACUCUUGUCCCUACUGUCGAACAAGAUCCGGCUAUGUCCAGGAAACGGAAAUUGGUUGAAGGCAUUGAUACACCGGGCUGCAUAGUAAUUUCCUCUAAAAAGGUGAAGCUAGAUAGAGAGGGCUAUGAACAACCUCCAUCUACAGCUACGUAUCCCUCAGACAAAUCUCUGCUUCCUGCCGAGAUUUGGCAUCGUAUCUUUUCUUUCACUCCUCCUAGGGCGCUGGGUAAUUUGUUGUGUACCAACAAAUUAUUUAACGUGUACCUCGACCCUUCGUCUCGCUACCAGUGUAAAUCCCCAUUACUCCACUCCCGCACUUCUGUCCCGCUGUUGAAGCCUGAUGCUAUAUGGCAAGUUUCAAGGAGGCGUUUCUGGCCCAGGAUGCCGGCUCCGCUGAAGGAAAAGACGGAGCUUGAUAUGUGGCGCCUUGCUUGUGGAAAGAAGUGUCAAUAUUGUAAUAAAGCAGGCUCUGUGCCGUCAAACUCGCCUGAUAGCCCACAGCGUAAUAACACUCAACCCGUUUGGGCAUUUGCGAUUCAUAGCUGUGGGCCUUGUCUUGUAGAGAAGACGAUUAAGGAAAUCGACUUGCUACUUUCUUCCUCGAUACCCUCCUUGUUGAUGUCAGCACUGCCGUUCGUGUUAGUCACCAAUGAGAUGCACAUGAUAUCACCGGACACACUCCGGAAAGGUCUAGCUCAACCGGACUUGCAAGUCACAAAGAUAUACCUCCCUGAGCAAGUAGAGAGAUUGAAACAAGAAUUCUUAUCUGUCAAAUCGAUGGGCGGAGCGACAGCCGAGGAAUGGCUGAAAGGCCUGGAAACCCGAGGAAAGGAGUUAUUCAGCGACCUAAUGCGAUGGGAGAAGUGGAUGACGACUGGAGGAGUUACUCAGAUGCGAACUCAACUCUCCUCUGAUAGUAUUUCAAUUGUUGCUAUUCCGAAUAAUAAGGGGCCAGCUUCGGUGAAUGUAUCAUUAUCGGCUCCUAAAUCACAUUCAAACUCGACCAAUACUCCUAAACAACACACGCCCGAUCCAUGUUAUGUAGCUCCUAUCGCGACGACAUCCCAACCUACAUACGCCCCCCUUGGAACUGAUCUUCAGCAUAAUUCUACAGCUCCGGUGCAACCCCCAAUCAAGCACAGCAAUCAGACUAAUGCCCCUCGUGCUCGAACUCGGGAGGAGGCCCUGGAACUUAAGGCUGCCCGGCGCGCGGAAAUCGAACGCCGCGCAAUGGAGCUGGAUCCGCCGUUACCGGCAAAUAUAUUAGCGCACAUACUGUCUUUUCAGGCUGCCAUCCAAAUCAUCUCGCCUCUUGAUGACAACGCGUGGGAGAUGCUCAAACCUCGUUUGCUUGCUCAGAGGGCAGAUGCAGAACAGCUCGAGAAGCGUGAAGAAACUGCUUCCCAGUCUCGCAUCGUCCCGGAACGAUCCGAGGGGCGGCGCCACACAGAGGAGAACAGUAUAGCAGCUAAGCAGCUCAUCGACAAGACUUGGGAUGAUAUUCAAGCACCAUUGCGUGCACGAAUAUCCGCAUAUGCCGACGAAAUCAUCCGGGGUAGCUGGGAUGAUGGGCGUAAGGUUGAUGCGGGCAAUAGCCCGCAAUUUGCAGUAGAGGUUCUCCUCCAUGUCCGUAGAAGAUUUUAUACGGAAAUUGCAAAGGAAUCUGUCGAGGCACGCGCUGCCGGCCAAGUGCCAGCUGAGGAUCCUCCAGAAGGGCCCUUUACGAAAAGGCUCACCCUUGAAAACAUGAAAUGGCUAUUCGAUGUAAAGAUCAAGACUCGCACGGAAUCUCAUCGAAAAGAUCUAUUCUUUUGUAACGGCUGCGAUGUUAACUUCAAGGCUUUCGGUUUUGAAGGGGUUAUCCAACAUUAUGCUGCCAAGCACAGCAAUUCUCUCAGCUUGGGGAGCGUCGUCGUUCAUUGGAGGGCUGAAUGGCCAGAGACGCCGCCAUUUAGGUCCGAUGCUCGCACUGUCAAGGCCGAACAACCAUCAUCGAGGUCAUCGUAUGGGCCCUUACAACCUCCGAACUAUGCUGCUCUCCAUCAUCAUAAUGCUAGCGUCUAUUCGGCCUCAAAUCCAGCGUCCUUCCAGCCACCCCCGUACUUUACUGCACCUCUGCCGGGCUGUGGACUUUCAAUGUACGGAUCUACAGCACAGCAACUAGCUCCAUACGGGCCGGGACACUCCUACAUCUCGGGCCAUCAUGACUAUAGCUCUUCGCAUGCACUUCCUCCGUCACCAUAUGACCCGCGUGCAGCGGCUUACUCCAGCUCAGAAUUUUCUUUUUCUGGAAUCCACGGCAGGCCCCCGGCGUACCCUUCCACGGACGUAUCUUACGGCUAUAAUUUCGAUGCGCCACAGGACAAUCCCCAGGUAAACUUCCAAGCUUCCCAUAGCAACCCAUUGGCUGGCAAAUAUCAUGCCCAACUUGGAUACCUGGCGCGAAGUUCGCGUGAGCUAUGGACUUCGACAGCUGGCUUAAAGGAACUUCCAGGAGAGAUCAGGGUAUGCGUCGUUAUCUAUCAUGUUGUACAGAGGUUUCGAUCCAGAUUUUUCGAAAGUCCACCCUUAACUAUGUUUAUCGACGGUCUCGCGAACAAUAAGGAAAUGCGCCCAGUUCGCAAUGUCAACGGUCUUAUGUGCAAAGCGUGUUGUCUUAGUCUCAACGGCGGAACAUUAGCAGGCCAGGGCAGCAGGACGUUCUCAUUGCCGCAAUUAGUGAACCAUUUCCAGCAAGCGCACGUGGAUCAACCGCAAAUGCCAGCCUCACUCUCUCUCGACUGGACGAUCAACAUGGUGCAUACACCAGACCUAUCCGUGCUAACCAAACUCCGUAAUUUAACGAAUAUGGACAGCCAAAAGUUCCUACUCAUUUCCAAUGCUUUCCCGCCAGCACCGCAUCUGGAUGAUUACUCACAAGGGAUGACUACUGAUAGAAUUCAGAGCGCCGGGCCUGAUCCUGUCACCACCUAUGCCGGCCAAAGCCCUACUCAUAGCAAUUUAAUUCCGCAGUCUUCUUCUGCUUAUGAACAUGCAUCGCUAUGUGUCGCAAUUAGGCAUAACUCGGUUGCCCCCCGCAGACAAGAUGCAACCAGAGCAAGUAUAUCAGGUCAAAAAUUGAGUCCUAGUCAGGCUGCUUCAUCGAGCACUCCUACAUUAACCAAUUAUCAAAGAUUCCCACAGGAUGACUCAGGCCGUGAAUCAUCAGAAACGUGGCAGGGGCCCUGUGGGAUAAGAUCAAGGAAACAGAAGGGAAAUCACCCCAGAGACCACCGAAGUACGCCAAGUCAGGGGCUUAAAAAUCGCAAGGGCGGCGUAGCAGCUGCAUCAAAUAAGGCCAAAUCUCAAGAGCCUAACGAAGGAGAUCUGAUAGCGGAAGAAGACCGCCGCCAAGAGGAGGAGAUUCGGGCUAUGUGGGCCGCAGAUCGCAGGGAGGCGGCCCGUUUUGCUUCCCAAAAUCAGCAUUUGAAUAAAGCUGAAGAAUCUGACUCGCCAAUAGUAGCUCUUGAAGCAGAAGACCGUAGAAGUGCCUAUACCCAGGCGACCCGGAUUAUUAGGUCACCAACGUAUUCUAUUCGGAACCAAAGCCAUGAACAGCCUGUCGCUGGCCAAGAGCGCGAAGAAGAUGACCUUAUGGCUGGUCUCGAAAGCCAACUAGAUCUGCAGCAAGUACCAUCUAAAUAUGUUGACUAUCGACCGAAACCUACCGAUGAAGUCGAUCAUGAAGAGCCUUCUUAUGGACGAUAUGCUAGCUCUGGACAUCAUCACCAUAGCCAAAGAUAUUCUUAUGAUCAAAUUCGCCCAGGGUCUCCUAUAUAUGUUCGGCACGGACCCGGGCACCAUUUUAGCGAAUAUCGAGAAAGUCCCAGCUCUCAUCAUACCGACUUACCGACACAGGCUACUACAAUUCGAGAUGAUACGACAUACGACCAACCACCCCGUCAAGAACACUACCAUGCGUAUACCGAUGAUAUGCGAUUGCGCCGGCCUACUCCUGAACAUGCUGAAACUUAUGAACUUAUCCGAAUGCGAGAUUUCCAAGGCGAGUACUUUAUUAGGCGGCCGAUCAAGCUUGAGCGGGAGCCUACUUACCAAGACGGGCAUGCACCAUAUAGAGACUCCACGCUUCAGUAUAGAUCAUACGAAAAUAACGAGUACUCUAGCAGCCGGCUUGGACUUGAGCCUGUGCCGGGGAUCGAUACCCAUUUGCGACAACCUCAUGAAGUCGGAGUGGGACCGGUAGACCUGCGUCGGAGGUCUCACGAACCACUUCCAAGAGGUGAUCUUGCUGGCUAUGAAGACUAUGACCCGAGAUAUCCCGCCGCUCCGCCGGGCUCAAGCAUUAGUCAGCAACUCCGCUACCGAUGGCCUUGAGUUGUUAAGGGGAAGGUUCAUAGAAGUUUGGUACAAAGCUCUCUCUACGAUAUAAUGUGGACAUUUAAGUAUACUUUAAUGAAAACCAUGUCAUAUGGCACAACGUUGAUGAGGCAUCAUCGCCUAUUCACCAAACGAUGGAUAUUUUCUAACUAGUAUUCGGGACCUGUCAUGAUGCUCUAGGUUUAGAUUAUAUAGUGAUAGACAACACCCACAAUUAUUCAUGACGCAUAUA